UAUUUCACUCUAUUUGAAGACAUAGUUUGUAUAUUUUAGCUUUGGAGAAUUUUAAUCAAAUACGUGAAGGCUAUAAACAAAUGAUCGAUUAAUAUCAAGGAUUUUCUGCAUCAACAAUAGAUCAAUCUACAACAAUGACAUCAAUGAUUGGAAAACAGGCCGGUUGUAAUUGUCGGGUGGCAAGAUCAAAGGUAAAUAGCGAAUCAAUUGAGCAAUAUCUUGAAUACUUUGGUUGUAUUAUCGAGAUGAACGGAUGGAAUGAUGAACAAGCAGCGAACGGAUUUCGUGCAGCUUUAGUUCCGAAUACUCAAUUGUGGAAGUCGGUUCUUGUGAUUCCCAUGGCCGAUCGAAAAUCAUUUGCCAAAAUAGCUGAGGCUUUACGGGUGUCAACUAGGCAACGUAGAGACUUGAUGGUACUAAAGUUUUUCAACCUGACCAGAAAACCUGGGCAAUCAUUGGAAGCCUUAGCUUUAAACAUCCAAAAAUUAGUAGAAGAGCUAUACCCAGAUGCUCCAGAUAAAACAAAAAGAUCCUUAAUUCGUGAUCGGUUUUACGAAGCUUUGGGACCUGAUUUGAUUGCUGCUAUCGGAAGUUCAACAAAUUUCAAAACUCUCGAGGAAUUGAAGAUCCAAGCUUUGUUGAUGGAAGAUGCCUUGUCGGAAAAAGCAAAGGCAUCAUCAUCGAAUAACAAAAAUCAAAAAAAUGGUAAAUCAAAAUAUUGCGAUCAUUGCUGUAAAGCUGGGCAUGAUACCGAGGAAUGUCGCUUAAAAUCAAGAAAAAUAAACGUUCGGCUUGCCAGAUGA